AAAAAAAAAAAAAAAAUCAUAUCGGGUCCUGACCCGGAUUUUAAUAAACCGGGUUAACCCGUGAAAAACCCGAACCGUGUUUUUAUUCGGUGGUUUAUAAAGAGAGGAGGACGAAGAAUCCUACCCUCGGUUCCGGCAGUUAAAUCUCACAGACGAUUCGAUUUUCUCCGUUACACGCUGUCCUCAUCGUCGAUUUCUUCCCGCUGGGAACGAUGGCUUUUUGGACACUGAUAAAAGGUCUGCUGCUCUUUGCAAAUGCGUUUGCAAUCCUCAACGAAGAUCGUUUCCUUGCUCCAAGAGGAUGGACACUCGACAAACUCCACCAAACCGGUAGAAGAAACUCUCCCAAAGGCCAAAUCAUCGGUCUAAUCUAUGCAUGCCAGUACAUGAGACUCCCUCUCCUGCUCAUUAACGUUGUAGUCAUCGCCAUGAAGAUUAUCGCCGGUUAAAUAGUUUGUGUAUUUGAAGUUAAACUGCAUUAUCUAAUGUAGGAAGUUGAGUUUGUUGCUCUCUUCUACCACAGAUCAGUAUCCUAUCUAGUCAUUUUACAUGCUGAAACAAAUUAAAGGUGGCAAAGAGAAACAAUAUUGCAAAAGUUCACACAUGAAAGAAAAAACAAGGAGGCUUACAUUAGCCAAUGAAGAAUCUACUUGAUUACAUAAAAGAUCACAUACCCUAAACACACACACAUACAUAUCACAACACUUGACUUCACUUGCUAUCAGUUUUACUCAUCACAGCUUCCAUUUUCUCCAUCUUCUCAUACUCAAACUCCUUAGUCUUAAUCCCACACUCCUCCUGCAUAGCCAUCACAAUACUGUUCCUCUUGAAAGCUGCCCAUAUAUGCAUCAUAGCAAAGAACACAAGCCCUGUAGACCCAAAAGUCAUCACAAAGCAAGUCACAAUCUCCCACACCCUCGCUCUUCUCCUCCUCUUCUCUGCCUCCUCCUUCUCUUCCUCUAUAAGCUUCUCCACCAUAACCGCCCCAUAAGAAUGCUCACCCUUGGAAACACUCCUGGCUUCUAAGCUCCAAGAAAGAAGAUCAACGUUACCACCAUAAGACUUCACACCAACCAUGAACUCAUUGUCACCUUUCAACAUUCCCGACAAGUCAAUCCAAGUGAACAUAACAGGAUCAACGUGUUCGAAGCUUUCUGUUUUGCUUAACCGGACUUCUAAAAACUUCCCACCUGAAAUGUAAUUAAUCCAAGCAUACAACAUACUCUCUUCCUCCAAGUUAGCGAUAGUGAAGUUUCGAGUCUCCUCUGGAACAUUAGUUCCAACUACACUCACAGUAACAUUCGAGUCUCCAAGCUUGGUGAAAGUAUCUAAAGUAUCGAACUUUACUUCGAGUAGAGACUUAUCAAACGUUCCGUUAACAGGAAACACAACGAACCCAAGUCUCCCACUACUACUAGGAGAAACAGAGAAGGUAAUGAAAGUUGAGAAUCCGGAGGGAUACUCGGAUUUAGUCUCGGUGAAGUUAAUGGGUUUCUUGUAGAUAACUCUCCCAUGACCUGAGUCAUUCAGCUGGAUCGAAAUGGAAGAUCCGUUGUUGACAAGGUUUGCUUCACCAAACAGAGCGAUGUCGUUGGAGUUAAAGGUCGAGUUUUUACCGAAGGUUGUGAAGGUGAAGGAAGGUUUAGCUUCAGUGGAGAAGAGUGAGAGUAAAGGCAAGAGGAGUAGGAGUGACUUGAAGCUUGCCAUCAAUGGAGGAAGCUGUGGUUAAUGAGUUUUUUGAUUGAUUUUUUCUAGGGUUUGGAAUGGGAGAUGAGAUCUUGUGAUGGAGAGAGUAAAGUGUGUGGUGUGGGGUAGAGAGAGAGAGAGAGAGAGGAAGAAGGAACAGAGAAGCACUUGGACAAUGUGAAAGUGUUAAAGGUAGUGAC